AUGGCAUCUCCAGGCUCUGGCUUCUGGUCCUUCGGGUCUGAAGAUGGCUCCGGGGAUCCCGAGAACCCCAGCACAGCGAGAGCCUGGUGUCAGGUGGCCCAGAAGUUCACGGGCGGCAUCGGAAACAAGCUGUGCGCCCUGCUCUACGGAGAUGCCGAGAAGCCGGCGGAGAGUGGCGGGAGCGAGCCCCCGCGCGCCACCUCCAGGAAGGCCGCCUGCGCUUGUAAUCAGAAGCCUUGCAGCUGCCCCAAAGCGGAUGUCAACUAUGCGUUUCUACACGCAACAGACCUGCUGCCAGCCUGUGAUGGAGAAAGGCCCACUUUGGCGUUUCUGCAAGAUGUUAUGGACAUUUUGCUUCAGUAUGUUGUGAAAAGUUUCGAUAGAUCAACCAAAGUGAUUGAUUUCCAUUACCCUAAUGAGCUCCUUCAAGAGUAUAACUGGGAAUUGGCAGACCAACCACAAAAUUUGGAGGAAAUUUUGAUGCAUUGCCAAACGACUCUAAAAUAUGCAAUUAAAACAGGGCAUCCCAGAUAUUUCAAUCAGCUUUCCACUGGACUGGAUAUGGUUGGAUUAGCAGCAGACUGGCUGACAUCAACAGCAAACACAAACAUGUUCACCUAUGAAAUUGCUCCAGUAUUUGUGCUCUUGGAAUAUGUCACACUAAAGAAAAUGAGAGAAAUCAUUGGCUGGCCGGGAGGCUCUGGCGAUGGGAUAUUUUCUCCUGGUGGCGCUAUUUCUAACAUGUAUGCCAUGCUGAUCGCACGCUUUAAGAUGUUCCCAGAAGUCAAGGAGAAAGGAAUGGCUGCGGUUCCCAGGCUCAUUGCCUUCACAUCUGAGCAUAGUCACUUUUCUCUCAAGAAGGGAGCUGCAGCUUUGGGGAUUGGAACAGACAGCGUGAUUCUGAUUAAAUGUGAUGAGAGGGGGAAAAUGGUCCCAUCUGAUCUUGAAAGAAGGAUCCUUGAAGCCAAACAAAAAGGAUUUGUUCCUUUCCUUGUGAGCGCCACAGCUGGGACCACCGUGUAUGGAGCAUUCGACCCCCUCUUAGCAGUUGCUGACAUUUGUAAAAAGUACAAGAUCUGGAUGCAUGUGGAUGCCGCUUGGGGUGGGGGAUUACUGAUGUCCCGGAAGCACAAAUGGAAGCUGAGUGGCGUGGAGAGGGCCAACUCUGUGACAUGGAACCCACACAAGAUGAUGGGCGUCCCUUUACAGUGCUCCGCUCUCCUGGUUAGAGAAGAGGGAUUGAUGCAGAGUUGCAACCAGAUGCAUGCCUCCUACCUCUUCCAGCAAGAUAAACACUAUGACCUGUCCUAUGAUACUGGGGAUAAGGCCUUACAGUGUGGACGCCACGUUGAUGUUUUUAAAUUAUGGCUAAUGUGGAGGGCAAAGGGCACCACUGGAUUUGAAGCACAUAUUGAUAAGUGCUUGGAGCUGGCUGAGUAUUUAUACAAUAUCAUAAAAAACCGAGAAGGAUACGAAAUGGUGUUUGAUGGAAAGCCUCAGCACACAAAUGUCUGCUUCUGGUACGUGCCUCCAAGUUUGCGUGUCCUGGAAGACAAUGAAGAGAGAAUGAACCGCCUCUCAAAGGUGGCCCCAGUGAUUAAAGCCCGAAUGAUGGAGUAUGGGACCACAAUGGUCAGCUAUCAGCCCUUGGGAGACAAGGUCAAUUUCUUCCGCAUGGUUAUCUCAAAUCCCGCAGCAACUCACCAAGACAUCGACUUCCUGAUUGAAGAAAUAGAACGCCUUGGACAAGAUUUAUAAUAACAUAGCUCACCAAUCUGUUUCGAUUCUCUAGGUAGACAAUUCAGUUGUCACAAACUGUGUGAAUGUAUUUGUAGUUUGUUCCAAAGUAAAUCUAUUUCUAUAUUGUGGUGUCAAAGUAGAGUACAGUUUAAAAAUCCAAAAAACAUUGCUCCUUUUAAAAAUCCUUUCCUAAGUUUAGAAUACCUCUCUAAAAUUAGUGACAAGAGGCUGUGUUCUAAUUGAUAAUGAAAAGCUUAAAAUUGUUAUAAAUACUUCCCUUACUUUUAAUAUAGUAUGCGAAUCAAGCUUUAUUUUCACUUCAGAGUAGUAGGAUUGAAUAGUGCCAAAUUGCCCCUGAAUCCUAAAAGGUUCUUUGGGGUGCAGUCAAAAGAAGAAAGUACAUAUAAAAUGUAUGUUGACAAUAAAAACUCUUGCCUUUUUCAUAGUAUUAGAAAAAAAUUUCUAAUUUACCUAUAGCAACAUUUCAAAUGUAUUUAAAUACAUAUAAUUUUACAAAAGGAAAAUAUAUAUAUUAAAAAGAAAUCCUAUUUUGUAACAUAUAGAUUUUUAUUUUAUAUGGGUUAUACAAACUGCAGGGGCAGAUAUAAAAACUAAGCCAGAUUUUUUUUUUCUCUUUCUUUUAAUGGAGGCACAAUAAAACACUGAGCAAAGUCAUUCUGAAACAUAGGCCCACAAAUUCUUAAAAAGGUUAAUGCCUUCUCUCUAUUCAUGUUGCGGCUUAUCACAUCUCUAAAGUUAGUAUUACAAAACAAACACAAAAGAAUAUUGCAAGUUCUCUAAAAUGACUGACCAGAUGGACAAUAAAAUUCUCUUCCCAGUUAAGUUUUCCACCCAGUUGACCCUGAGUGGACCCACUCAGUAAACAUGAAAAGCCAAGCUUCAUCUUAGACUAAAACUAGAGUAAUUGUGUGUACUCUGCUUUCCAGUUCAGCUUGUUUUGAACAGAAGGUGGAUGCUCAUUCUUGAGGCAUCUUCCCACACAGUAUUCUUUUAUUAGGUCAUUUGGAUUAAUUAGGGAAAAAUAAACAUAAAAUCUAAUCAGCCUGAGCAAAAAUGGAAUGAAGCACACUCCAGAAGGUGGUGAGCCCAGAAAAUUAAACUCGGCCAUGAGAGAAGAGAUCUCUGUGAGAACAAUGAUGUCAUCCUGGGCACCCAUAUUGUCACUGUCCAAGAAGGAGUCAUUCACCUCCUGGGUAAUUGCUUCUUCCAGUUCCCUUCCUCUCCUACUCACCAAAGUUCUCUCCUGCUAGGCUUCCCAUCACUGGAAUCCCAAAUACUUAAUUUCUAUCCCACAGGGGGUUAUGUUCCUCUCAUGAGAUUUUGAGACAGCAUCUUAAGACCUUUUUUACCUGCCUCUUGUCAAAAUCCAAAGUGACCAGAGUGUGCAGAGAUAGUAAGAUAGUAGAUUCUUAGAAUUCAGGAUAAUACUUUAAAGCAUUCUUCUUCCCCUGCAAACCUGAUGGAGAGACCCAAGCUAGCAAGAACUCCCAUAUUUGUGGGGCCACAGUUUAUCAGAACCCAAGUAGUAGUAUGACGACUACAGAUUCACAGAUGCAGACUACAGGCACCACCUUAGAACAUUCAUCCUUUCUAUAUGGACCAGUCAGAUUACUAGUUAGCCUACAAGUAUACAAGGGAAGAAAAAAAGAAAUGCCCUAUAUUAUAACCAUAAGAUCUAACCAUCUGAAAUCUGCAUGAGCUUGCCCCUACAUUCUUCCUCCUACAUUAUAUACAAAAACAUUUAUACUUGAAUUCAACAUAGGUGUGGAUCCUUCCUGUCUUGGAAGUAAAUGGGUUCCCUAUGAUGAUUAGGAGAAAAUUUUUAUCUGUGCCCCAGAACUUCAUAAAGGAAUAAGUAGUCUAGGCUAUGUUCAAUGGCCAAGCAUCCCUUUCCUUUCUAGAAGUUGGCCAUUGAGGCUAUGCACAUAGUCUUGAGCCUCAGGCUAAAAGGUCCUACCUCAGAGGCAGAGACACUAACUGUCAAGCCCACUGUCCUGCUUUGAGAAGAAGGGGCCCUGUCCUGGACAGACCCCUCUCAACUCCAGGAUGCUUAUACCUUGCAGUAAAGAUCUUCUAACAGAAGCUGCUGUUUUUUUAACUUGAUGGUAUGAUGGUAUUUAAAAGGAGAAACAUUUGUGCCUAUGUAUGAUAUUCCAGAAAAAUAAUCUUUACAAAUAGAUUGUUUCCCCCACUUCCUGCCCUUUCCAGAUUCUUCUCCAGGUUGGCUGGGAGUCUUGCCCAAUCCUAUGCAGUGAAAUCCCUGCCAAUCAUAACCAAGGAGAGGAGGUAAAGAAAAGCCUAACAGGUUCCAGUAGUUUAAUAAAUAUGCUUUAAAGUAAGUCUGCAAUCUACUUGGGAGAGAGGAAGGGAAGAAGGAAGGUGGUUUUGAACAUUAGCUCAAAAUCCCAGUGCCAAAGGCCUUUAUGUGGGACGAUCCUUUACAAAUUUUAGAAAAGCCUGGUUUUAGCUUAAUCAGAAUUGACAUGGCCAUUUUUAUUUAUUCAGCAAUAUUGUGUUUGUUAUUUUUAAAUACUUGAAAUAAAAAGUGUGGUAUGUCUUCAUCUGAGACGCAUAAAUGGUAUUGACUUCGUGUACUGAAAGCUAAGGACAUCAAUUGUGUGUAUAAAUCGUGUUGCCUUCGUUCUAUUGAUAGCACUGUCUCGUCACCUCAGAUUGGGGUUGUGCACUUUAGCUCUGAACUGUACAGUGUUGCAAAUCAACAUAUGUUGCUGUAAAAGCUUGUACAAUCUAUUAUUGACAUGUCUUUUUCUGUGUGGUAGCUGUAUCGAUAUUAUGAACUACAUCCGCAUCUGUUCCUGUGCUCGCUCUCUCUCUCUCUCUCUCCCUCUCUCUCUCUCCCUCUCCCUCUUUCUGCUAAACUGUGUGCCCUCCACAUCAGCUCUAACAGAGAACAUGCCCUAGGCUAAGCUCCCUACUGAGAAAUCUCCCUUGAUAACUGUGUGAUUUGCAAAAUGCAAGGUGAACGCUACUCAUCUCCGAGAAGAGAAGAAACCCACACAGAGUGUCACAAACCACCCCAAUUGCAGGUACUGUCUCCGCUGGGGUUUGGGGUAGGGACUCAGAAUAUGAAUAAAGAAAGCACAGGUGUAAAUAUAGCAGCAGGCCAGGGAAUCAAGGACCCUGAUGGUGGGUAUCAUCUUGCACGUGCUCUCCUGUUUUCAGAUGCUAAGUACAAACACUGUGUAUUUAUUAGUCACGUGUUCCAAAAUACUGUUCCCAAUUGGUGUUUCUGAAAGACAUCAACAUCUCCCCAACAUGACACCAUAACUAACGACAGAAAAAAAUAAAAAAAUAUAAACAUGUGGCAACCUGUUCUUCUUACCAAAUAUAAACUUGUGUAUGAUCAAAGUAUUUUAUCUGUGUUGUCUCUCUAAACCCAAAUAAAUGUGUAA